GUGAAAGACAGGCGAAUAACGUGACGCAAAGCCACGUGUAUAGUUAUUUCCUGCUCCGUAUCCCUAUACGUAGGUUACAUCUACUCGUGGCAAUUAGUUCAUGUUCUAACUUGGAGUUCUUUGAUUCGGCAUGCUCGGCAGAUUAAUUUCUAAUUUUUAUCAAUUCAUCCCACGUGUAACGUUGGGAAACAUUCCUUCAUCGAUUGUCGAUUCACCGGCAAUAGCGAAUCAAUGGAGUUUCACAUUAAACAGAACGAAAAUAAGAUAUCAUUUUCCUCGUCCUAAUGAACUUCGUCGCAUUAAACGCCAUGGUUGGGAGGCAAGAAUGGCAACACUCAGUGGUAGAAAGAUUCUAAUGAGAAGAAUUUUGAAAGGCAGACAUGUACUCAGUCAUUAA